GCGCUGGGACCCCCGGGACAGCGCCCAGGCCCCGCCCCCCUCCCCGGAGCACAAGGAGCGCCUGGCCCUGGACCCCAUGUUCCGCCUGGAGCACGGGGUGCAGGACCGGGGGGUCCUGGAACGUGAGACCCCCACCCUGAGCCGGCUGCAGGAGGCCCAGGACGCCUGGAGGGACGACUUCGGCCUCAACAGCCGCCUGCGCCGCCAGUUCCGGGAGGAGAAGCGGACGCUGCGGGAGGAGGAGGAGGAGGCGGCGGCGCUGCGGGCUCGGGCCGGGCUGAGCAUCCCCCUGCUGCGGGAGGAGGAGGAGGAUCGGCGCCUCGCCGCCCUGCUCACCCUGCGCGCCCCCGACUCCUACGAGGAGAAGCAGCGGCUGAAACGCUCCGAGAUCUCCCACCGGCCCUGGUUCGGCCCCGGGACCCCCCAAAAAACCCGGGGGCCCCUCGGGGGGGGGGUCCGAGCGCACAAGGGACCCCCCGGUCCCCCCACCCCGACCCCCGCCGGGCUCGGCAUCGUGCGCAGGAGGGAGAGCGGGGGGACGGAGGGACCCCCCCCGAGGAACGGCGGCGCUGGGGGGGACCCCCCUGCAGCCCCCCAGGGUGGGGGGGACCCCCCUGCAGCCCCCCAGGAUGGGGGAGACCCCCCUGCCCCACUCCUGGGCCCCCCCAAG